CAGCCCGCUUGGCAGCGCCCACCCCGGGGACCCCUCGCCGAGCCUUCCUCGCUUUCCCAAGAUCCUGGACUCCCUUCUUUAUCCCCGGGGGCUCCGGAGCCCAGAUUUCACAGCCCAACCCCAGAGACUCAGGCGUGCCCCUCCCGGCUCUCAGAGUCCCCAACCGAACCCUAGAAUCCCAGGCGUACUGCUGCCUUGCGCCUCGUCCAGGGCCCAGGAGCCUGGAUUUCCCAGUUCAGCCCCGGCAGCCCCCUCUGUACCUACAUCCUCCUCCUCGGCCCAGCCCGGAGCUCCUAAUACCUGCCGUGGCCGUGUCAGACCCCCAGCUAGGGCCAGCUGCCCCCCGUCGGGUGUGCAUAGUCGCCUAUUCGUGCACCCGGCGUGCCCAUCUCCAGCCUCCGGCUUGAACAGCCAGCCUCGUCCCUCGGUCCAGGCCGGCUCGGCAGCCGCCCUGGACACAGGCCCGCUCCGGAGCUGUCCAUGGUCAGCGCACUCGGCAGCUUCACCUCCCCCACCUCCCGCGGCCGCUGCCGCUGGGAAGGGGGCGCCUGCGGCGCGGGGAAUACCCCCCGCCGCGCCUUUGACCCGGAGAUACCCGGGCCCUUUCCGACCUGGGCGCCUGGGCCUCAGGGUUCCGCUGGUGAGCCUCUGGCCAGUGCUCAGUACCCCAGGUUUCUGGGAUCCCAGCUGCUUCUCGAGGAGUCAGGGCUUCUGAAUGUUCCUGCCUGGUCCACCCUAGGGAUCUUAGCAUCCAGGGAAUCCAGGGAUCCAGUUCCCACCUGGCUCUGGAAGCCCUGUCAGUGCUCACUCCGUCUGGCUGAGGCCCCAACUGGUAACCCCCACCCGCUCAGGACCUAGGAAUCCAGUUUCCCAGCUUUCACCCCCUUUAGAGACCCAGCUCAACAGUCCCCUGUGCCCCCGAGACAAAUAUACCCAGCCUCCUGGCAUCUCAACAUCUGCCUGCUUAGGGAUUCAGUCACCAUGACUCUCUUGGAAUGUAAUUCUUAAUGCAAUUCUCUGGCUUCUGCCCACCUUCCCUCUUGCAGACCUAGAUGCUUUGUCCCUGGUCCUGCAUCCCCUCAGGGUCCCAGGAGUUCAGACCCCGACUUCUGUAUUACCCACCAAAGCUGCUGCAACUCUCAUUCCCAACAAGGACUCAGGCUCCCAGCUUCCAUCCCUUGUCCUUUAUCUCCACAACGAUUCAGGAGUCCAGCCCCCCACCAACUAUCUAGCCCAUUAGCUCUUGCUCUUAGGAAUCCAGGUCCCCCCAGCCUUACAACCCCCAUCAACUUGACAUCUCUAGUGGCCUUAACAACUAACAACCUGCCUCAUCCCCAUAUCAUCUCAGGCACUGGGCUCUCUGGGAGCUGUCUUCUCUUCUUCUCUACUCUGUUCCCUGAGACCUACCUUCUUGAGAUGUUUCCAGCACCCUAUCAUGAUGUUUCUAUGUCAUGAUGUUCCAUCCUCUGAGUACACCUUCUCAAGAUGAUGGGCCAAACAUACACCCCUUCCUCUAGAUGUAUUCUGUGACCUAGGUUCAUUAGAUGAUCUAGAACCUACCCACUAUCUUCCAUAUUCCCAGUUAAACUGUGCCCUUACAUGCUCUAGAAUCCUUCUAAAUCUUAGAGCACUCUCAGCCAAUAUCUCUGUUCUGUUUGCACCCACGGUAUAUUCUCAAUUCUAGGUUAAAUACUAAAUUCUAGGCAUGUGUUUCCUCAGGGGAAUUUAAACGUCUUGAUAAUGCCCCAAACCAAAUUCUGAUCCCACCUCCUCCUCACACAUGUUCCAAAUUUUUAGAAACUAGCACUUGCUUAUUCUCUGCUAAAUUUUAUUUUAGGUGUGUUCUAGGUUCCAGCCACAUCCUUGGCAUUGUUCUAGAUUCUGUUAUCUUCCCAGGGGCAUUCUAUAUUCUAGAAUAUGUGUGUUCCAAUUAUGUGCUCUAGCCUUUCUCCACAUUCUGCUAUCAGUUUUAAAAUGUACUUUCCUAUUUUAGGUCUAUCCAGUUCUACAGUCUUAAAUCUAAAAGAUUCUUCCUGAAGUAUUGUGCAUCUUCCUUUUUCAGGUACUAGGUUCUAGGCUCAUCCAUUCCCACCUUUUCGGUCCAUCUUUUCCCUAAUGUGACCUUUGUUUAGAACUUAUCUCCUGGAGGAUUGUGGGCUUCCUCCUCCAUCUGUCACUUUAGCAUUCUAAGCAUGCUCUAGGCUCAUCUCCUCUUUUGGAGUCUUCAGCUAGAAAUGUCCUCAUUUCCAGAACAUCUCUCCCCCCCUUCCUUUGCCAGCUCAGUCCUUAUGCCAGUGAAUUCUCAAUUCCCAGCAUGCUUCUGAAUCUUCCCCCAGGCACUUCUAAGUUCCAGGCAAACUCCUUGCUACUUUCUAGGGUUUUCCCCCCCAACUCCAGGGCAUGUUCUGAAUUCUAGAGCCUAUUUUCUGCCUUCUGUCUAUCAUCUAGACACAUGAUAACACCAAGAGUGUGACCCCUGAUACAGUCUUUGUUAUACCUGUAUUCUUGGUAGGUUCUGAGUUCUAGGUGUUUCCUGACUAGGUUUAUUUAUGCAAUACAUUAGGUAUGUUCUUAGAUAUCAUUAUGUUCCCCUCUGUGUUUGAGGUUCUUGGGUGACCCAGACCAUUCUUUAAUUUAUUGGAUUGCUUAGUUCAAGUUUCCAGACCUGGGUUCUAGAAUAUGACCCUCUACUUGGCCCUAUGUGAUGAUUUUAUCCCAAGCACACUGUACAUGUGGAAACAUAUGUCCUUUCUGCAGUCUGUACUGUAUUCAUACCAGUGACUUUCUAGAUUCUACACCCAGCUUUACUAAAUUUUAUUUCCUUCUCAGUUAAUUUGAAGUUCUAGAGCAGCUUCUCUGGAACAUCCAGUGUUGCAUUUUCACAUAAGUUCUGGACUUUAGAUGCUGUGUUGGUUUUGACCUGUCUUAUAAAUAUUGUCUCUGAAUACUGGCAUGCAGGUGUCUAGAUUCCCAGGUACACCUCUUCAAAGACACAAGGGUACAGGCAUCUUGCUAUCUUCACUCCCACAUUCCAGGACCCUCCAUCCCUUCUUCUUCUCAUUGGAAUCCAAGACCCCAGUUCCAUGUUUUGGACAUAGUCUGCACAUUGGGUGGGGCUGGGAAUUAUCCACUGUCAGAACCGGUUAUGCUGCUGCCUGGAGGGAGAGAAGGAAAGGAAGGAACAGAGUGAAAGUCCCUCCUGCUUUCGACCAGGCCAGCUGGACCCGUCUGACCUGAUGUGUGUGGAAGGAGUGGCUCAGCAGACUUCCCUUCAUCUCCGCCUACAGCUCAUGCACCCAGAUCCUGAGUCCUGGGGGCCUGAACUCCUUGGUUCUGGGGCAAGAGGGGUCUGAAGGCUGAGAUUUCUGGGUCCAAGGUUGGAGGUUGAAAGCUCAGAUUCUUGUGUCCCUGUCUGACCUCAGGAUUGGGGAAGAGGCGGCUGGAGGCUCAGACUCCUGGGUCUAGGGGAGAGAAGGGAAUUGGGGACUCAGCCUCCUGUGACCUGAGGUAGGAGGGAGCUGGAUCUUGGGACUCCUGGGUUGUGGGAGAUGGCUAGCAAGUGGAGUAGUUUUUAGAUGGAGCUGGGGUCCAGGUAUCUGGGAAAUUGUGGGCAGGAUUUGGGCUGGAGAGUUGAGGGCCAUCCCUGUGACCGUGUACUUGUACCACUGAUAGUGGCCCCAGUUCUUCGACCUCCUGAAGGCAUGGUUCUUAGCCAGGCUUAUCCUCUUACUCACACAGUGGGUUAAGGUGUUUUCCCAGCAGGGUCAGAAUAGGUAGACACUGGUUUUCCCACAUUGACUCAGGCGAUGGGUCACCUGGCUUCGGUUCUCCUCACUAGGCUGGUCUUAGAUUUGCUGCCAGUGCCUGAUGGAGUCUGGCCUCAGUUUCCCCAAAUGCUCUCACUCAGGUAGCUAGCCCUGAUUUCCCAGGAGCAAUGGGCUUCAGUUGAUCCCGUGACAUGAUCAGAAUGGAUGGGCCAUAGUUUCAUCUGUAGAAUGCCUGGGUCGCCCCACCUCGGUUUCCACUAUCCCAGAGGCCGUGCCUCAGUUUCUCUGCCAGUGCCUCGACGAGUCCGUUCUCUGUUCCCUGCCCCCUCCCCGCUCCCGCAGGCCAGCACCGCCGCCAUGAUGUGCGAGGUGAUGCCCACCAUCAGCGAGGAUGGCCGGCGGGGCUCGGCGCUGGGCCCGGACGAGGCGGGCGGCGAGCUGGAGCGCCUUAUGGUCACGAUGCUCACGGAGCGCGAGCGCCUGCUAGAGACGCUGCGCGAGGCGCAGGACGGGCUGGCUACGGCGCAGUUGCGGCUGCGCGAGCUGGGCCACGAGAAGGACUCGCUGCAGCGCCAGCUCAGCAUCGCUCUGCCCCAGGAGUUUGCGGCUCUGACGAAAGAGCUGAACUUAUGUCGGGAGCAGCUACUGGAGCGGGAGGAAGAGAUUGCGGAGCUGAAGGCGGAGCGGAACAACACAAGGCUUCUCCUUGAACACCUGGAAUGCCUGGUGUCCAGGCACGAGAGGUCACUGCGCAUGACCGUGGUAAAGCGCCAGGCCCAGUCCCCGGGUGGAGUCUCUUCCGAGGUGGAGGUGCUCAAGGCUCUAAAAUCCCUCUUCGAGCACCACAAGGCCCUGGAUGAGAAGGUCCGGGAGCGGUUGCGGAUGGCGCUGGAGCGGGUGGCGGUGCUAGAGGAGGAGUUGGAGCUGAGCAAUCAGGAGACCCUGAACCUUCGAGAACAGCUGUCUAGGCGCCGGUCGGGGCUGGAGGAGCCCGGCAAGGAUGGGGACGGGCAGCCCCUUGCCAAUGGCCUUGGUCCUGGCGGGGAUUCGAACCGGCGCACAGCUGAGCUGGAGGAGGCCCUGGAGCGGCAGCGUGCGGAGGUGUGCCAGCUGCGGGAGCGCCUGGCGGUGUUGUGCCGCCAGAUGAGCCAGCUGGAGGAGGAGCUGGGCACCGCCCACCGCGAGCUGGGUAAGGCCGAGGAAGCUAACGCCAAGCUCCAGCGCGACCUCAAGGAGGCGCUUGCGCAGCGGGAGGAUAUGGAGGAGCGAAUCACGACCCUGGAGAAGCGCUACCUCAGUGCCCAGCGUGAGGCCACGUCGCUGCACGAUGCCAAUGACAAGCUGGAGAAUGAGUUGGCCAGCAAGGAGUCGCUGUACCGGCAGAGUGAAGAGAAGAGCCGUCAGCUGGCAGAGUGGUUGGAUGACGCCAAGCAGAAGCUGCAGCAGACGCUGCAGAAGGCAGAGACCUUGCCCGAGAUUGAAGCACAAUUGGCCCAGCGCGUGGCAGCGCUCAACAAAGCUGAGGAACGUCAUGGGAAUUUUGAGGAGCGACUUCGGCAGCUGGAGGCCCAGUUGGAGGAGAAAAACCAAGAACUGCAGCGGGCCCGGCAGCGGGAGAAGAUGAACGAUGACCACAAUAAGCGGCUGUCGGAGACAGUGGACAAAUUGCUGAGCGAGUCCAAUGAACGGUUACAGCUGCACCUCAAGGAGCGCAUGGGGGCGCUGGAGGAGAAGAAUUCACUGAGUGAGGAGAUUGCCAAUAUGAAGAAGCUUCAGGAUGAACUGCUACUCAACAAGGAGCAGCUCUUGGCAGAGAUGGAGCGGAUGCAGAUGGAGAUUGAUCAGCUGCGGGGGAGGCCACCAUCCUCCUACUCCAGGUCUCUCCCUGGCAGUGCCCUGGAGCUCCGUUACUCCCAGGCACCUACAUUACCUUCUGGUGCCCACUUGGACCCCUAUGGGGCUGGCAGUGGCCGGGCAGGCAAGAGAGGCCGCUGGUCAGGGGUCAAGGACGAGCCCUCCAAGGAGUGGGAGCGGUCAGCCCCCGCGGGGUCCAUGCCACCCCCAUUCCCUGGGGAGCUGGAUGGCUCAGAUGAGGAGGAGGCCGAGGGGAUGUUUGGGGCUGAGCUGCUCUCCCCCAGCGGACAGGCUGAUGUGCAGACGCUGGCCAUCAUGCUUCAGGAGCAGCUGGAAGCCAUCAACAAGGAGAUCAAGCUUAUCCAAGAGGAGAAGGAGACAACAGAACAAAGGGCAGAGGAGCUGGAGAGCCGGGUGUCUGGCUCUGGCCUAGACUCACUGGGCCGCUACCGUAGUAGCUGCUCACUGCCCCCCUCCCUCACUACCUCUACCCUUGCCAGCCCCUCCCCUCCCAGCUCUGGCCACUCAACGCCCCGUCUGGCUCCCCCUAGCCCUGCCCGUGAGGGCACCGAUAAAGCUAAUCAUGUCCCCAAGGAGGAAGCUGGGGCUCCACGAGGAGAGGGGCCUGCCAUUCCAGGAGACACUCCACCUCCUACUCCCCGCUCUGCCCGCCUUGAGAGAAUGACACAGGCCUUGGCACUCCAGGCAGGAUCCCUGGAAGAUGGGGGGACUUCACGGGGAAGUGAAGGCACCCCAGAUUCCCUGCACAAAGCCCCCAAGAAGAAGAGCAUCAAGUCAUCCAUAGGCCGUCUCUUUGGCAAGAAGGAGAAGGGGCGAAUGGGACCACCAGGCCGGGACAGCUCUUCUCUGGCAGGAACACCCUCCGAUGAGACAUUGGCCACGGACCCUCUGGGGCUAGCCAAGCUGACAGGCCCAGGAGACAAGGACCGAAGGAACAAGAGGAAGCACGAACUUCUGGAAGAGGCCUGCCGCCAGGGCCUGCCCUUUGCUGCUUGGGAUGGGCCUACCGUGGUCUCCUGGCUGGAGCUGUGGGUAGGCAUGCCUGCAUGGUAUGUGGCCGCCUGCCGGGCCAAUGUCAAGAGCGGUGCCAUCAUGGCCAACCUGUCAGACACGGAGAUCCAGCGGGAGAUUGGCAUCAGCAACCCACUGCACCGGCUCAAACUACGCCUCGCCAUCCAGGAGAUGGUCUCACUCACCUCGCCCUCAGCGCCCGCCUCCUCCCGCACGUCCACAGGAAACGUGUGGAUGACACACGAGGAGAUGGAGUCCCUCACGGCCACAACCAAGCCUGAGACCAAGGAGAUCAGCUGGGAGCAGAUCCUGGCAUAUGGUGACAUGAACCACGAGUGGGUGGGAAACGACUGGCUGCCCAGCCUGGGGCUGCCCCAAUACCGCAGCUACUUCAUGGAGUCGCUGGUGGAUGCCCGCAUGUUAGAUCAUCUUAACAAGAAGGAGCUCCGGGGCCAACUCAAGAUGGUGGACAGCUUCCACAGGGUGAGUCUGCAUUAUGGGAUCAUGUGCCUGAAACGGCUCAAUUAUGACCGGAAGGACUUGGAGCGGAGGCGGGAAGAGAGCCAGACCCAAAUCCGAGACGUGAUGGUGUGGUCCAAUGAGCGGGUCAUGGGUUGGGUGUCCGGGCUGGGACUGAAGGAAUUCGCCACGAACCUCACGGAGAGCGGGGUGCACGGGGCGCUGCUCGCCCUGGACGAGACCUUCGACUACUCCGAUCUGGCCUUGCUCCUGCAGAUCCCCACGCAGAAUGCGCAGGCCCGGCAGCUCCUGGAGAAGGAAUUCAGUAACCUCAUCUCCUUGGGCACAGACAGGAGGCUGGACGAGGACAGCGCCAAGUCGUUCAGCCGCUCCCCAUCCUGGCGGAAGAUGUUCCGAGAGAAGGACCUUCGAGGCGUAACCCCCGACUCAGCUGAGAUGUUACCCCCCAACUUUCGUUCGGCCGCAGCAGGGGCCCUGGGCUCUCCAGGGCUCCCUCUUCGCAAGCUGCAGCCCGAAGGCCAGACUUCUGGGAGUUCUCGGGCAGACGGCGUUUCGGUCCGGACCUAUUCCUGCUAGUGUAGGCCUCCAGGUGACCUCACUCGGACAGAAGAAUCUUCCAGAGGCUGGGCUGUUCCCCCUUCUGCCCAGAGUAUGGUCUCGCCGGGGAGCGCGGGCGGGGGAACUCGCGCCGCGGACUGGACCAUCUGUACAGACGAGCGGGGAGUGCGCGUCCCCGCCUCACAAAAGGACUGGGCCUGGACCAAACCACACGAACUGGACUGAGAGGGGGAACGAAGAGGGCAGGAAGAAAUCCCGCCCCAAACUUCCGCCUCCCUUUUCUCUACUUUGUAAUUUAUUGAUCAGUUUCCGAUGGGAGAUGGGUGCCCUUUCCCCGCGGGAAGGGAGCGGGGCUUCCCUCCCGGGCCGCAUGCUAGGAGAGGCUGCCCGCUCCCCUUUCUUCUCCCCAGUCGCGGGGCCCAAGUCUUCCUUCUUCGUCCGAAAGGAGGGGAGGGGGGACUCGCUGCUACAAGCCUCGCCCCACGUGCCACUCAUCCCCGCCCCGCCGCCGCAUCAGGUCGCCGGUGCCUGGGGUCAGCUGCGGGUGGACCCCUCUUCCUCCCCAGUGUCUCGUCCCCGGGGCCUCUCCGCCCCCCCCGUGCUGUGGCCGUGUCCGUGCCCCGGGGACAAGGGGUGCAGAACUGCGCUCCCGGUUCCCCUCCGGCUCCGGGGUUUGCAUGGGAGAAUCCUCUUUCCACGAUGCCACUGGGCGACGUGGCGUGGGGGGAGGGAGGACGGUGGGGGAGCCCUCGCCCGAGACUCUUGGUCGGCCUCCCUGCCCCAGGCGUCACUCAGUGAUCACGGGUAAAGAGAACUGUUUCAAAAA